AUGCUAAAGCCUAAUAAAUUGCACGCUAAAAAAGGCCUUGGAGAGAAUGAGUAUGUAAAAGCUUUCAUUGUGAACCAGCCUAAUGGCAGUCAUCAGGAAGGUAAAAUAACGUUUUAAUCUUAGUAUGUAAAUAAGAGAUAAAGUUUAGCAUUCAUAUUAUUUUAAUGUAAGUAAGUAACCCUACUUUUACAGUACAUAGAUCAUAUCUUAAACAAAAAAUAAAUUAUUAUAUUUUGUCUUUUGUCAUUUGUCAAACUGUUCUUUGUCCAACUAAACAUUGUACAUGGACCUAACUAAACUUUACUGCAACAUACCAUCAUCUGUAUAAGCAUAAAAUAAAUAUUCAUCAUUAAAUUAGACAUAACUUGUACAGUAAUAUGAAACACAAACAAUAUAAUAAGCAUAAUUUACUAUUUUACUUUACAUUCAACUAACUUUUUCAGACGGUCCAACACAAACGGAAGGUGUACUGUACAGCCCACCCAACCCAACGCACCAACAGGCUGUGUAUUGGGCACCAAACCACCCCACACCCAAAGCGUUAGUCGUCAGCCAGAUCAAUGGAAGGAAGGAAACGGUAGCUUAGAUUACAAAUUUAAUUUUUUGGCAUGAUUUUUUGAAAUCUUUCAUUUAAUCCCACUUUCAGGGUACCAUCGGUUGUUAUACACAGCACACAUUCCAUCAACGCCAAUAUACAUUCCCACUAAUAUUUACAGAAGAAAGAUUGGUUUGUUACGAUAAAGAUAGAAAGGUUCAUGAUGCUUAUGUAUUAUGA